AGUGAUAUCAUAUUAAGUUGUUUGGUUGUUGUAGAGGGUUUGGUUGUUGUUGGUGGAUCAAUUGUCACUGGAGAGUUUAUUGGUGGAAACAAGUGGUUGGUGGUAUUAUUGGUUCAAUGGGAAAUUACAUUGAUAAAUUUAUUAAAUGUCAUUACAAGAAGCUGGUAGUCAAAUUAAAACAGAGCGUCAAUCAACUGUUCCAUCUACGCAACAUGCCAAAGAUAUAAAGAAACCAAACUAUACUAUAAAGUACACAUUGACUGGUCACACAAAAGCAAUAUCUUCUGUAAAGUUUAGUCCAAAUGGAGAAUGGUUGGCUACAGCUUCUGCAGAUAAACUUAUUAAAAUAUGGGGUGCAUAUGAUGGUAAAUUUGAAAAAACAAUUGCAGGGCAUAAACUGGGUAUAUCUGACUGUGCUUGGUCUUCUGACUCAAAAUUGCUUGUAUCAGCUUCAGAUGAUAAAACAUUAAAAAUAUGGGCCUUGAUUACUGGUAAAUGUUUAAAAACAUUAAAAGGUCACAGUAAUUAUGUGUUUUGUUGCAACUUUAACCCUCAAUCAAAUCUUAUUGUAUCUGGUUCCUUUGAUGAAAGUGUACGAAUAUGGGAUGUAAAAACAGGAAAAUGUCUUAAAACACUUCCUGCUCAUUCAGAUCCUGUAUCAGCGGUAGAUUUUAACAGAGAUGGUGCAUUAAUUGUUUCAAGUAGCUAUGAUGGGUUAUGCAGAAUUUGGGAUACAGCAUCAGGACAGUGUUUAAAAACUUUAAUAGAUGAUGAAAAUCCUCCAGUUUCAUUUGUGCGUUUUUCCCCAAAUGGAAAAUAUAUUCUUGCAGCUACAUUAGACAAUACAUUGAAACUUUGGGAUUAUAGCAAAGGAAAGUGUCUAAAAACGUACACUGGCCACAAGAAUGAUAAAUUUUGUAUUUUUGCAAAUUUUUCAGUGACAGGUGGAAAGUGGAUAAUUUCGGGUUCUGAAGACAACCUCGUUUAUAUAUGGAAUUUACAAACAAAAGAAGUUGUGCAAACGUUGGAGGGACACACAGAUGUGGUCCUCUGCUGUGCUUGUCAUCCAACAGAAAACAUUAUUGCUUCUGGCUCUCUUGAAAAUGAUAAAACUGUUAAAAUCUGGAAAUCAGACACUUGAAGAAACUUUUCGAUAUUAAAUUUUAAAGCGAGGUUUUACUUGUGCUAUUUGAUAUUAAUACAAACAUAUACAUAUAUACUAAUAGGGAAAACUGGUAUAAAUAAUUCUUAAUUACACAAUGUAUCCAUCAUGUAAAUGUUAAUUCAAGAAAGAAAAGACUUUUAGAGGACUCCUGAAAGACUUCACAAGGCUCUUUUAUGAAAGAGACCUAAAGACUUUAAAUAAGUUAUUUCGCUUUUAGAUGAGAUAUUUGACAAGGGUAUCUUGCAAUUAUGCGCUUGGUGAUGUCACGUGUUUCUCGAUAAAAGAAGUUUUGUCAGAAAAUUGACGCUGUAAUUAAAUUAAUAACUGAAUAUGUUUUUUUUUUA